GCAGUUAGUAAAUAUUAAUGCGAGAUGUUUUCGAAUGGUCUUCCUUGCAAUUUACCGUUUCCCAGUUGUUUGGGCAUAUCAAAAGAUAGUGGAAAUGAUGAACUACUGCCCUCCAAUACUGGUAAUCGAGAACCGGUAAUUUUGAAUGUAUACGAUAUGUAUUGGAUAAACGAGUACACAACAUCAAUAGGUUUGGGUGUUUUUCAUUCGGGUGUUGAAGUUUUUGGCACCGAAUUCGCCUAUGGCGGUCAUCCAUUUUCAUUUACCGGCGUAUUUGAAAUAACGCCCAGAGAUCACGAUGAACUCGGCGAUCAAUUUCAAUUUAGACAAAGUAUACAAAUAGGAUGUACAGAUUUUACGUAUCAGGAAGUUCGUCGUAUUGUGGAGGAAUUGGGCAAUCAAUUUCGUGGUGACCGUUAUCAUUUAAUGAAUAAUAAUUGCAAUCAUUUUUCCAGUGCACUUACUCAGAUCCUUUGCGGCCAAGAAAUUCCCAGUUGGGUAAAUCGUUUAGCCCAUUUCAGUUCAUGUGUACCUUUCUUACAAAGAUGCUUGCCAAAGGAAUGGUUAACUCCCAAUGCCUUACAACAGAGCAUAACUGCUAUUCAGGAACGUGAUGAUUCCGAAAAUAGCCCCCUUUGAGAAAUGGCCUGUCAGGGCCAUACAACAACAUCGUAAUCGUAACAAUGCACCAAUUUGUACUAUAUACAUACUUACAAAAAAAUCAACAACAACAAAAAACAUACACACAAAACAUAUUACAACCAUACAUAUAU